UGGGACAAGUGAACUAUCAACGGUUUGUGCGGUGAAGUUAAAGAUUUAAUACUAAAACAUUAUUAUUUUACUUACGAUCCGCCGUUCUUAAAAUCAAAAUACAGUUAAUCAUGUAUUUAGCAGUUUUCUUUUCGUGAUUGAUUGAAAGUCAUUAACUUUUGCUUGUUAAACUGCAACGUAAGUAAAAGUGCGACGCAACAUUACAACUCGUUGCAAUUAUGAUGGAACUGAAUGCGAAUACGUACGACGUUGAUCUGGAGGAUGGAGAGCUGUCUGCUAGUUCAGAUGACUAUACACCAUUACAACGCCCAAGCACAUUGUCAGUCAACACAUCGGUUGCCCUUGAUGGCGCUGCUACGAUUGCGGAACAAUGUAGUCCAUUGGCAACUUGUCACGAUAUGCAACGUGCAUUAGAGGAAGAUGAAUUAGAGGAUUCACAUGGCAGUAGCGGUGAUUCGUCGUCAAGUGAAUCUUCCGAUGCAUGUCUAAAGAAACUAUCGACAACUUCUGCACAUGAUGGAUCAGCUGAUGCGCAUGCACAACGUAAGCGUCGGAAACGUGUACGCCGUACAGUGAUGGUACGUAUACCUCCUUCUACCAUGGAAACGCAAGAAAAGCGUGCACGCUUCAAGAAGUAUAAUAAUUGGACGGCAGCACUGCAAGAAGAGGCGCUAACCGAAAACAUGCGCAGCUGCGAAGUAGCGCGGUCAAAUAGCGCUAUUAGUGAUCGUAAUGUUGAAAAUUAUGAUUUUACGCUACAUAGACGUUUGAACGGUAAUUGUCUUAAGCGACGACUUUCCAAUUCUACUGAUGACUUUUCUGAUAAUGAGUUAAUGCCUGUGGCGAAACGAGGACGCUGUGCAAGUGAAGCGGCCGCACAUCGUCGUUCGGUAAAAAGUCGUUUAGGGUAUCGAUCACGUACUCUGAGGGGAAGACGGGGCUCAUCACCUACCAGCGGCUCAGAUACCUCUUGCGAACCACGACACAUACUUGACUUGGAGCCUUUAGAAGGGCGUGAUCAAACUGAUGUUGCGCGCGAAAUGGCUAAUAAAUUGCACGAGGAGAAAGAUGAAUUAUUGGUACGGGUUGUAGAUGUUUUGGGAACUAAAUUGCCGAUUGAAAUUUAUAAAGAAACGCAGCGUAUAGAGUUGGAUGGUGGUAUGAUGAUAAUGAAUGGCAAACGCCGACGUACACCGGGUGGAAUAUUCUUGUUUUUAUUGAAAAAUCAUGAAAGCUUAACGUUAGAGGAACACAAAGCUAUAUUUUCCCAAGAUCGGCAAAUAACUAACAAAUGGCGGAGAGAAAUGGAAACGCUUUCGCGUGAUCGCAAAGUAGAAGAGUUGAAAAAACGUUUAAGUGAGCAGGAAAAAGACUUGCCCGCUCUUAGUUCUAGAAAGGAGCAUUUUUUGCUUGGAUCAGAUUUGGAAAACCAAUCAGGAAACUUAUCUAAUCCACCGCCUUCACCAGUGGGUAAUGAACAAAGUCCAGAUUAUAAAGCUCAUGCCAUUAAUCAUGUACCAUCUGAUGCCGACAGCGAUGCUAUUCCUGAUAAGCCAUCAACUUCGGCAUCGGCAUUAGCGGCCUUAACAUCUCCAUCAAAGGAUUUAGUUGGUUAUGAUGAUGAUUUUAUCGAUGUUACUGGCGGUGAAAUGGAUUUAUUUUGAAGAAGAAUAUUUACUUUCCACUGAAGUACAGUAAGAGAGCAUGAAAGUUGAAAGGAAUUCAUUACCAUUAUUAAAACAACGUAAAUAUAUGUAUAUAAAAUACUUUUAUACAUAACAUACCAUAUAUAACAUAAGCACAUACAUCGGAAAUGUAAACAACUGCUAAAGAAAUUCGUAUUGUUCCAUAAAAAAAAUUGGUAGAACUUUGAUGCACAACGAGGGCAUGCAAACUUAUAUAUAAAAUAUUGAAAAAACCAACAGGCGUAAGCAGCUAUUCCCUUUCGAAUAGCUUUAAUGCCUACAACUGUCUACACGCAGCGGAAUGUAAAUAUGUAGACUGGGCGAGGGGAAAAUCACAGCUAUAGAAUGUUGCGUCGAUCGUUAAUUUUUCAUACAAAGGAUUUAUUGGAAAUAAUGAAUUCAAACAAUUUAAGAUAAGCGAUUUAUACACAAGCGAUCAUAUUCUUACAUAUAUAGAAAAUAUAAAUGUAUAUCCGAUAAUAAAUAAGAAAUUAUAGAAUUGAAAGCUGUAGGAAAACGCAAUCUUGAAAAAAACUGUAAAACGAUAUCGGUAAUUUAUUCACGUUAGAGUAAAAAAGAAAUACGUUCAAGAAAAAACCUAUCGCAUUUCAGUAAUAAAUUCGAGUACACUUAAAUAAUGCA